AGCCAUUUCCGCUGAAGUGUUGUAAACGGAGCCGUUCUGCCUUUCGCUCGUAACGUCUAUAAGAAGCCGUUUAAGUCAUGCUAGAGUAUGCAAGUCCAACUAGCCAGAGGCCCCUUCCUGAUUGCGGUUUCAUCAAGGAGCGGUCCCUGUCCGUGGAGAGCACAGUUACGGAAGAGGUUUACAUCGUUUCAGAUACAGCUGCUGCUGAAGCAGCGGCCUUGCUUUACUACCUAAGGGCUGGCAAGCGUCGGCGAAAGGCGACCGAUGCGAUUGGCCGCCAAGAAGCGGACGAGUUAUCUCAACUAGAUGGGCACUCUUCAUCGUCGUCUGGCUCAGCCUGUUCUGGGAGAACGCUCCCAGAGAGGACUACAGCUAUUUCUACUAGGCCACCUGUGCCAUCUGGGACUCGCACGUAUGUCUGGCGAGGGCCAAAGCGAAACCUGCGCGCGCCCAGCCCCGCCACCGCCACCGCCUGCACCGCCCUCCAGCCCCCCAGCAGCGACCCGGACGAGGAGGACCAGCCAGCAGCCGCCGGGGGGCCCCCGGGGCAGGUACCGGGCGGCGCACCAACGCCGGGCCCCGAGUCAACCGCGCUAACAACACCCUUCGCAGCCGGUGUUCCCUGGAGCACUGCUGGUGGCAGCGCAGGCGGCUGUGCUGCUGCUGCUGCUGCUUCGGAGCGCACUGACCGCGACAAGGAGUGGGCCGCGCUCACCACGUGGCUGCGCAUGAACCUGCACCACCCGCGCACCACCAAGCGGGAGGUGCUGUUUCUGGGGCACCAGCAGGAGGGCAGGGGCUGGCACUUCUUCCUGAAUCCGGCACUCGGCUGGGACGACGUGAGUCCGGAAACCAAGAUGCGGCUGCGCACACUGCCGCAGGAGACGGAGCUCGCCUUCGCUCGCAAGUACCCGGGCAAGCCGGAGCGCGACUGGGUCAAAAAGACUCAGAAGUACCGGCCACCCGGCUGCUCGGUCACGUACGCAGUGCCGCUGGCGGAGAUGGUCUACUCCCUCACUGCCAUCUACUACCGCUUUGAGGGACGACCCGGCACCCGCACCGCCGCCCCGAGGGGGGCAGCAGCGGCGGCAGCAGCAGCAGCCGACAGCCCCGGCGGCGCUACCACUGAGUCCUCAGAGCAAGCGGACUAGCAGAGCAGCGUUGUCUCCUGACGUCGUUUGCAUUGUGAGAUGUGUUGGCGUCAGGGUGUUCUGGGAAGUUGCUAGAGUCCGAGCGGAAUGGGGUCAACGUUUUGAAGGCUGCGGAUAGGGGGUUGUUGUUUGCGGGGGGGAAUAAACGCUAAGUGCAGCUAGGGAGGGAAGGGGAGGGGAGGGGGCCUCAGACGUCCGUUAUCAAUCUACAUAGCGUCAUCAUGGGUUCGCUCAGGUGCUCGGAGUGGCGAGAGGGCGUGAGGUGAGGGAGAGGGAUUACCCUGGAAGAGAAAGCACUGCAAUCGUCAUACGAUGUGAGGGAAGAGAGAGGCGACUGUGCGCCUGGCAGGCGACAUAAAAGGAGAGUUGGCGCGGCAAUACUAAUGCGCGAUGUCAGUAUUUCAAAUGUAGUACGCAAAUUGUAAAGAGGUGUGGAGGUGUGUAUUUCAAUUCAUGGCCAGAGGGAUGCCUUGUGAGCUGGUGAGAUGUAGCUGGUGAGCUGUUUUGUACAGAGUUGGCGCGUGUGAAGUCAAGCUACAUAGGUGGGUUGGAUGUGUGUUUCGUACAAGCCCGUGGACAUGAUUUACACGGUGAAGCUAGCAAUACGGCCCGGGUGUCUCGUUUUGGAGUUGAGAGGGUUUAUGACGUUUUUAAUGGCGCCUCGAAACGACCUAUAAUGAUGUCCCGCCCAGUGCGUUUGCAGCGUUCUUGGCGGGGCAUCGGCCGGCAACCCCACUCUUGGGGUGCCUCCGGCACGGCUUUCAAAAAUGCGUCCCCAAGGGACACAUCCAGCGAGGGCACAGAUGUGUCCCUUUGGGGGGAGCGCGUGCGAAGGCAUUUACAAGGCGAGGACCUUGCUUGCCGCCUGACUCGGUGCAUAUCUACAGUGCAUGCGCGUUAUGGUUGCGCAAUCCGUGCCGCACGUGUUUGGUUUCAUCAGCCUUGCAACCCCCUGUGUUCGUAGUGUUGUGAGUGUGCUGUGCUGGAGUGUGCUCUCGCUCACGCAAUGCAGCCCGGUUGUAUGCAUCCGUAAACGGCUUGUUGGGGGGCUUUCAUUGAUGUUGUUGUGCAACCCUGUUCCUGAUUUUGGUAGUAUUUAAUACUCGUUACUCUGUGAGCCCUGUUUACAUGCAGUUGUAGGGCUGCAUGCCUGCUCUGUUUGGCGUUGCUGGUGAUGGAAGAUGUUUGUUGUUGAGAAUAUGACUUCUGUACAGCGCCAGUACGGCGGCGGUUAUCUCUAAUUGUAUGGGAGUUGGUCGUUGGUCGUUUGGAGUCCGGUCUCUAGCGUGCUUAGCGAGCAAAGCACGGUGUCUAGUACUGUUCGUUUUCACUGGUUCUUACGUGAAGUGCGCGGUGCGCCAGGAUGCGCCCCGGCUGAGAUAGGGACUCCGUGCUGAGUAGGCACUGGUACAGGCACCACUGCGUCGCACGUGCGUUUGCUGGUUUGGCUGAGGUGGCGGGACUACAUAUUACCAUGGUAGCUCUGCCUAGUGCACGUGGCAACGUGCGACACCUGUUUCGUUCUGCAUAUCACUGAAAGCAGAGUGUUUGGACGCUGACUGGUAGACAUGUAACUUCGUCCAGUUUCUUUGUCCUUGGUGAAAAGACAAACAAGACUAAUUUCACCCGGUUCAGCGCGGUUGUGUAGGGUUAAAACCUGUCGUACCGAGGUACGUGGCAUGCGACACAUGAAAACCAACCCAUCAGCCACCGCCCCACGUGUCCUCAAGCAAAAAAGACGCAAAAGUGGGAGAUGAAGGCUUUCUUUCCCACUUCGAAAGUUGAAGCUGCAGAUAACACAACCAACCGCAACCCCACCUCCCAACCUCACACACGGUCAGUUAGUUGUUUCCGCUUUACCACCUCCCAACCGCCAGCCUGCUGGCCACGUCGAACGACUCCUCCACGCCAAGCUACCGAGUAAAACCGCACCAUUCUUCUUCAGCGACAAAAUUUGAAUGCCCCAUGGAUCAGGGAUUCGAAUCUCUGUGUCACUACACCAAACAGCUGACAAACGGAGGCGCGUAUCGCCAAGGGUUAGCUUGGGUGUCAAGUGGAAUGGUAUUGCCCCUCUUGACGCACCGCAAGCCCCUCUUGCUGGUACAGCACACAGCCACUUCAAGAUAAGACCAUGCAUCUGCGAACACGGCUCAAAAACCAUGAAUUUUUGAGCAAAAGCACCCGAAAAACUGUAUAAAACGAUUUAGAAAAUUGUUUGCUGCACGUGAGCACAACCUACGCACUAUGCAGCGUGCAUCAGACCAAAAACAUACACGCCCCAGGAGGGCUCCAUAAAUAGGGAUCACAGUCGUCAGUGCAGUCGUCAGUGCAAAGGUAGGUCCGGUGUCAUGAGCUAACAAGUCACUAACAGCUGCUGCGCCUACUAAGCCAUGAGACCCCUAAUGUACUGUGUGUCACACGCAACAUGCGGCCCGCCUGCUAGCUCUGCUGCGCACCCUCCUAACUGCCGACCAGACAGCUCCGGCAAUGUCACCCUCAUCCGCGCCACUCGUUUUAGCGCUCUCAAGUCACCCCCUCCAGCCUCCUUCCAUACGCCCUCCAGCUCAAUCAAUGCCACUGCUCAAAACUUCCAGUCGCCUUCUCUGUUCGAGAACAACAAAAGACCGCUGUCUACCACCUUGGCAGCCCAGCCUAGGCACAGCUGGACCCACAC